UGAUCAUUGACGUUAAAUUUCAAUGUGUCAGUCAAAAGUGUAAAAAAGGCUGCUGAAAAGUUUUUGUUUUUCGUAAAAUUAAUAUACCUAUUUAAUUAUUAUAUCUACAGAACCCAACUUAGUAUUAUCAGGGUUUGUAAAUAUCCACCUGUCCACUGACUGAACUGAAAUUGGGACAGUAAAUACAAAUAAAACUUCUUGAAUCUAAACUGCUCAGUUGAUUUAAAAAAGAAUCCCUUCACAAAAGUGAUGAUUGGUAUCAAUCGAAGAGGUGUUGGUUCUGGUCCACCCAUAAAUGCAUCAUCUUCGUUAGACGAUGCUCCCGGUAAUUGGAAAUCUGGUCCUCCAAGUGAUAACCAAAACAUGAUUGGAGGCUCAGGUGGUUCUGGUGGAAAUCAAGACGGACAAGGGGGAGUUCCAUCUGGAGGAUUUUCACAAGGCGGUCCAUAUGGUGGUGGGGGUCCAAUAUUUUCGCAAACUGGACAAUCAUCUCCAGCUGGAAAUCAGUCAAUGAGCGGAUAUCAAGGCGGACCUCAACCAGGUUCCAAUACGCCCCAGUACAAUGCCUCACCAGCACCUUCCGGUUCAUCUACUCCUGGUCCAGGUCCACCGCAAAAUAUUGGCUCUGUAAACUUUUCACAACCUCCAAAUGCGGGCGGUGGUUCUUUUAAUGGCCCGGCAGGUGGAGGAGGAGCUUUCGGAUCGCCAUCUUCUGGAGGAGGGCCUCAAUUUGGAAGACCGGGAAGCUCUGGUCCUUCAUUUAGCGGUGUACCCAAUGCCCCUGGUGGACAUUUUGGAUCACCUGGAGUUUCAGUAGGAUUUGGAGGACAAUUUGGUGCAAUGCCAGCGGGCUCUCCCUUUGGCCAUGGUCCCGGUGGUCAUCCAAUGAUCGGCGGAUCACAACAAUUAGAAAGAAUGGAUGCUGGUCUCCGGAGACAUAACUCAUAUUUUAGUCAUACAGAACACAGAGUGUUUGAAUUAAACAAACGUCUGCAGCAGAGAACCGAAGAGAGUGAUAACUGUUGGUGGGAUUCUUUUACCACUGAAUUCUUUGAAGAUGAUGCUAAGCUUACAAUUCUGUUCUGCCUCGAGGAUGGCCCAAAACGUUAUACCAUUGGCCGAACGCUUAUUCCAAGGUUUUUUAGAAGUAUUUUUGAAGGUGGCGUGUCUGAUCUUUAUUUUCAAUUAAAACAUGCUAAAGAAUCAUUUCAUAACACAUCGAUAACCCUAGACUGUGAUCAGUGUACGGUUACUACACAACAUGGAAAACCUUUCUACACAAAAGUUUGUGCGGAUGCCAGACUUAUCCUUGAGUUCAUUUAUGAUGACUACAUGAGAAUUAAAUCAUGGCACAUGACUAUUAAAGGCCAUCGUGAACUUAUUCCACGUACAGUUAUAGGUACAACCUUGCCGCCAGAUCCUAUGAUUUUGGACCAAAUAACAAAAAAUAUUACAAGAAUGGGUAUAACAAAUUCAACUCUAAACUAUCUUCGAUUAUGUGUUAUUCUUGAACCAAUGCAAGAGCUGAUGUCUAGACAUAAGGCAUAUGCUUUGAGUCCACGUGAUUGUUUAAAAACGACUUUAUUUCAAAAAUGGCAAAGAAUGGUCGCGCCGCCAGGAAAAAAAGACCCUCAACGACCUGCAAAUAAGCGGCGAAAACGUAAAGGAUCGAAUUCUGGAGGAGCAACCGGAAGCAACACACCACCCGUAACAAGCCAAAAACGUUCUCCCUCUGGGCCAAACUUCUCUCUAGCGUCUCAAGAUGUAAUGGUUGUGGGAGAGCCUACACUCAUGGGAGGAGAGUUCGGGGAAGAAGAUGAACGUUUAAUCACACGUUUGGAGAAUACGCAAUACGAUGCAACUGUUGCAUUAGAUCAUGAAAACCAUCCUGCAUUUGGACAUGCCGACUCUCCCAUGGCUGGAAAUAACCCCUGGAACAUGGAGCGAUCGGGUGGUGUACCCCCCAGCCCAAGUGGUGUUCCUGGUCAACAGAACAAUCCUAAUAACGAUGUAGAUAAAAAAAGCCCGGCGGUAUCACAGUGACGAAUAGAAAAUCGAUAAUUUUGAAACAAAAAAAUUUAAGAAGAAGUCUUUGGAUUUGUGUAAGAUUAUAGUUCUUUUACUCUGAGUAGAUAAACCUUUUAGAACUUAAAAAGUAAAAUAACGUAAUUCCCUUGAUUAAUUUCCUUUGUAUUAAAUAUGUGGUAGGGAAUAAUUUAUUUUCAUAACAGCAUAUGUACAAAAAUUCGCGUAAUGAUUUUUAAAUGUCUCACUAUAUUGCAAAAUAAUCAAUGUUAAUAGUUACUUAAGAAUUACAUUUAUAAUAAAACUGUAAUUAUAUGUGUUAAA